CUACUCAAUAGCGAUUGGAUUCAGGUGGAAUUGAGUCGCCUCCGUUAAGCGCAUUAGACUAAAUAAAAAUGGCGAAAUAUGCUAUCAAUUCAGUUCAGUUAAAAAUUGUGAAAAUAAGAAUAACAUAACUUUGGAGUUAAUGCGGUUUCAUAUUAUUGCGAUCUGAGUGUCUUAUUAAAAAGAAUUUAUUUAAAAAUUUGUGUAUACUUUUUGGUUUCUAAAUAUGGAUGUAAAUAAGUUAGCGGAGAUUAAAGAUGGCGACUCGAACCGCUCGCUAAUCUUAGUCGAAGCGCCAUCUAUAAUGGAAAUGCCGAAACAUAAAUUGGACAGAAGUGUGAGUGUAAAGAAGAAGAGAAGGCGCGGGAAGUCAAAAUGGAAAAUUGCAAAACCCUUUCUUAAAGUGCCCUGGCAGGAUAGGCGUAAACUCGUCAAUACUAAACGAAAUAAUCGCUUUCGGAAACUAGCUUUGUCUAAGACCCAGGCUCCUUUUAAUAACAAUCAGUUUCUGAUGGAAAUUCAUAAACCAGAACCAGAAAACAACUUGUAUCUAUUCCGAACACCUUCUGCUCGCACCCGCGACUCCAGUUUCAGUGUUGAUUCAGAAGAAAACUAUUUUUACUCUCUCCCCGAAGACGAAGAAGAAUAUUUAACAAAGGAAUUUUCCAGCGUGUAUGAGGAUGCCCAAUGUGAACGUUUGUCCAACAUGUCCAAGAAUGAGUUGAUCCAAGAGUAUCUUUUACUUGAAGCUAAAUAUGACAAUCUUGUGAAAAGGAAUGAACGUUGCAAACUGAAGGAACUGGAAGAUAUCAAAGAUAUAACUGCAACUGAUAAGGAUAUGUGCCUAGCAGCAGAUGCAGACGGUAUGGCAACUGAUCAAGACACAUCCGGUACUUCUGUUAAUUCAGGCUCAAUUGAUGAAACUUCACUGGAUGAUGCCAUGCAACAAUUAUUGGAGCAAGAACAGCAAAUCAGAGAGCUUAAAAUGGCUAAUGAAAAAUUAUUACUUGAAAACAGUCACUUAAGGCGUAAUCAAGGGUCAAGUGAAGACUCUGAGAGUGAUAGCUCGUCAAGUUCAGAUAGUUGCAGCAGUUCCAGUUGCUCAAGUCUAAAAGUUGAGCCAGCUGCAGAAAAUGGUAUCAGUGAGGUUCCAAGUGAAAAUCAUGUGCAAGAGAACGGUGAGCGUAAUGCAAACAGUCCCAAAAUUGAGGAACCAGUAGUCAAUGGGUUUCAUAGCCCUUCUGAGUAAAUAUGGUUCAUGUUUGUUCCAUAAUUUCCACUUUUGGUAGCAAUUGUAAUGCAGGUGCUAUAAUUUCUGAGCAUACCAUAUGGUUUACUGAACAUUUCAAUAUCAUAAAUAUCAAUUGAAGGAUCACCACUGCUGGACAUUGGUCUCCUGUAGGGUUUUCCAAAAUUCAUGGUCUUAUGCUCCUUGUAUGCUUGAUAUAGAAGUGUUGAAUGAUUAUUGUAAUUAAGCCUUGAAAUUCGCAAUUAUAAAAUUGUAUUAACAAUCUAAGAUACCAAUAGCAUAAUUUAUGCGGUUACAGAGUUUCAUGUUUUGGGGGCUAACUAGCUCUUCUAGAAAUUGUCCUCACAGUUAAGGAUGGAAAUGGGAUAGUGAGGGAAAAAUCACAUUCCAGAAAGUGAACAGUUAAUUAACAUGCUGUGUGUUUCAAUCAACUUAAUUAAUAUAAUUGUAGCAGUAUAUAUUCUCAUUAUAACAAAUAAGAUUUUGAUUUAUGUCUUAAUUUUACUAUUGUUUACUAUUUGUCCAUUUGCAAACCUGUUUGCUACCAAAGGCUAUGGAAUAGUCAACAACAUUUAUGUGAUAUGUUGUUGUAUAGUUAAACCUAUUUGAUGCUACAAUAAGUGUUCAUACCAUGAAUAAUAUUAAGCCUUUAUAAUGUCACUCUUAUUUUCAUGUCAUGGGUGAAAAAUUCUGCUGUAUUGCACAAGAUGUGAGAACAGUGCAAUGCAUUUGUCUUUAUUGAUUAAACUUACAGUACUUUGUAGAAAUUGUAUUGUAUUCUAUUGUGAGAGUUGCCAAUCUUGUGAUUAUCACAUUGAUUUACAUCUCAGCUUAGCAAUAGGGUGGCUGAAGGAAUGUAAUUGUGAGAUCUCAUCUUAGAUUUAGUGGAACAUCUGUGAUAUCCUCAGGAUAUGUAUUUAUGAUGGUAAAAAAAGAGUUGUGCUUUUUUGCUUUCAAGCUUGUAAUUGUGGAAAGUUCAUUAAUUUUUUUAUUAUAUGAGAGACUCUAAAACCUGACGGUACAAAGUUUAAAAUCAUAUUCAUGACUUCACUGUUUAUAUCAUCAGUAUUUCUGAAUUUAAAAAGACUUUGAUAACACCGCCUAAAGAGAAUGUGAAUUAAGCAAGUAUUUUCUGUAUCAGAUACAGAAUCAAUGUCUCUUGUUUAGAAACUGUUCUUAUUUUUAAGUAUUGAAUUUAUCGUUAUGUUACUAGUUCCAGAACUGUCAGAAAUUUAUUUUGGCAUAGUGACAACAGAUAUGUGUGAUCUAAUUAUUUAUGGACACAAAUUAACAAUAUUCAAUUCAAUUGCAUCAAAGUUUUGCAAUACAUGAGCUAGCUAAUAUAGUGAUUCAAGAAUGAUUCAAGUCAUUUGCAUAAUAUUUUUAGAGUUCCAAAUCAAAAAUAGAAUGAAAGAUUGUUUUUUGUCAUAUUAUUUAUUGUAACAUGUAAUUUUUUGUCAUAAACUUCACACAUGAACCUAUUUAAUUAUAUAAGUAAGUAAAGUAAAUAUCAAUUUAUAUUACACUAUCCAUAAAAUGGAUCUCACUUUUAUAUUUAUAACAGUAAGGAAAAUAGGUAUAGGAUAUGCAUAUUAUUGUAGAGUUAUGACUAAUAUAUUAUUUGUUUGAUUGAAAUAAUAUAAUGUUUGUUAUGUUGUGUCAAAAUAGCGUUAAGUAGUUAGUAUGGUAAAAUAGAAUAAGUUUUAUGAUAACCAAACUCACCAAUUUUUCAUAGCUCACUCACAGCAAACCCUGCAUUGAGUUGCCUAAGUUUCAGAUUGCUAUGUUUCCAAUCAAAAGUUGAUUUUGACUAGCGAUACUCUGUGUAACAUCUGGGUAAAUGGAACUUAUUCACCUUGUUAUAUACUGGAAUUCGUCUACACUUUGAAGCUAAGUGCUCUUAGCAAAAUUAAAUCAGAAUAUCAUAUCUUGGAUCUAUCAAAAUGAGUAUCAGGUCCAUUUGGCUUUGUCUUUAGUGUUUUGGUACUGAAAGUCGAAUCCUAAUCCUAAUAAGGCACACUACAGUAAGGUGUGUUUUUUGUUACAUACAUUUACCAAUCUUUUCAAAUAUUAAAUUUGUGGCAAGGACGCUUUAACAGAUAUCUGUGCUGUGUAUCUGUCAAACUUGACACAUAUCUGUGCACUGUGUUUCGAGCUGUGUUUCUUGAGUGACAGCCAUUAGUCGGGGAUAAGUUAAUGCAGUUAUUUUAGACAACACAAUAGAGCGUACACUAAUUAAUAAUUAUAUUAUUCUACUCUUAAGUCGUACACAAGCACAAUUAUCAAAUUUAUUUUUAAUUUUCUUACACAAUACACAAUUUUAGUAUGAUAAGAAAAACUGUUAUCUCAAGUAGCAAUGUUGUAAACAUUAUUCAUGCAUAUAUUAUGUAAAAAUGCCAAGUAUUCAUGUGUGGAGUGUUGGAUGGGAAUUUGGAAUGUUUUUUUAUAGUUGACCUUCAUCAAACUGGUGUUGAGUAUAAUAUGAGUAACUGCUACAUUUUUUUUUAUACCUGGGCUCUGAUUUUCUAUGGCAUUGAAAUCUAAAUGCAACAUAACAAAGUGUUUUUAUAUGAAAUAUUGAUAGUUGGAUGAUUAUGUAUUGGAAUUUUGGCUAUUUUAUAUAAUAAAAAGAAAAGAGAAAAUACCUGCCUAAUAUGUGGUUUGGCUAGCAGUCAUAAAAAAGUAUGUUUAUUCUUGUAUCUUUAUUUCUGAAUGAAAGUCUUUGCCUACCAGAAUAUUUUAGUAAUAAUAACUCUAUUUUGUACAUUUUGAGCUAGUCUACAAAAAUUAUGGCUAAGAUAGGGCAACCUGAUUAUAACAAAUGUGAAAUAAAAUUUGUAGAUUUACAGUCAGAUUUAAUUAAAAUAAAAAAGUAAAAUUGUGUGAACUAUCUUUUCGUAAAUUUUAAGUAUUUAUUUAAAGAGGUGUGAAUAGCCCCAAUAUUUCAUGUGAAAUUAAUUACACCUUAAAUAUUUCAAAUUGUAAUGCCAAUUUUCACCACACAUGUUUUACAAAAACUAAGCAGAAAGUAGGUACUAUCAAAUGAAGUGUUAUGUAAAUAGUUUACUUUACAUGCUAUAAUAUGUUUAUCUCUCUGUAUGUCUAAAUAAUAAAUAAUAUUGAUUCUUA